AUGACCGAUGAAGAAAGUGAAUCCGUACGAGACGCGUGGAUUGGCUUCCUGUGCUCACAGACCGACCACCUCCUCCCUCAGUUCGCUGUAUGCCCCCUGGACCUUGCGAAAGCCCGUGGUGUACUUGAAGAACACCUGGCCGCGGUGCGCGUAGCUGAAAACCUGCUAUACCAACGCUUUAACACCAUGCUCCCCGUACAUCGCCUUCCCGACGAGCUCCUAGCACACAUCAUGGUGUAUACUUGCGCGGCGGACGAAUCGUCAUGUUACCUUCCCGUGAAACUUAUGACAGUCUGCCAAAGGUGGUACACUGUCGUCACCUCCUUUCCCGAGGUCUGGGGAUCUCCGCCGCCCCGUUUUACCGAAAGAGGCAUCCAGUCCAUACUCUCGCGCUCCAAGUCUACCCCUCUGCAUAUCAGCUGGAACAUGCCUGGCCUUUCCGUGACGGACACAUUGAACCGGGCUCCCUUUGGCCUACUCAUGCCCAGAUGCCAAAGCCUUGCUCUGGCGGCCACACCUACUAUACUACAAGUUAUCCUACCCUCCUUCGGCCGCGAAGAAGCUCCAUGUCUUCGAGAAUUGUCUGUGACAGCGAACGAAGAAAGUGACGACGAAGACGCGGAAAUGACGGCUUCACGGUGGCCAGCAAACCUUUUCAAGGGCAGCACUCCACGCCUUCGCGAAUUGACUUUGAACGACUUUGCUUGCUUUGAUUGGUCACAUGCAUUGCUUCGUGCGCCGUUGACGAGUUUGGUCGUUGACUUCGUUGACAGCGACUAUUUAUGCGCAAAGGAUCUGGAUCUGGAUAGUCCACAUCGAGCUGGGUGCUCACUCCAAAGUCUAGUCGACGCGAUAGAGUGCUUGCCGAGCUUGGAGAAGCUCGACUUGAGACAUUGCUUAUCCACCUCUUUGCUUUUCGGCGCCUCUGCUGCUCGGCCGAGGGUGAAGUUGCAAAACUUGCGGAACCUGGCCGUUGAAGACAACCCGCGAUCCUGCAACCUCUUCAACGAGUGCAUCUCCCUUAACUUUACCCAGACGUCUGUCGCAUACAAGUUUGGUCUCUCAGAUGACCACAACUCGGAGGAUAUGGCGACAUUCCUGCGUUCAAUCCCCCUCGAGAGUUUCUCCUAUCUGGAUGUUGUCGUUCACCAAUUCUCAUCCAAAGAUGUUCGGAGUAUACUCUUCUACUUCAACAACAACGACUCGGAGAAGCUUGGUUAUCAUUUGAGUCUCCAAGCAGACAUACAUGCCGCACCCGACGAAACUUCUGAGUAUUACCGCAAACUCUUGGUUACGAUGGCCGCUUCUCUCCGACUACAGCAUAUCUUUUCUCUUCGUGUUGCCAUAGGUCAGAGAGCCGGCAAGAUCACUGUGCCGAUGUGGCUCAACGCCUUCGCCCAUGCAUCCCGGGUCAGUCAACUGCACGUCGGGUCAAGCGAAGUUCCGUCUCUAUCGCAUGCACUAUGUUAUCGGCAAUCGUCGACGCCAAAGGCCUCCCCGAGGCUCUUUCAGCGUCUUGCGGCGGUAUAUCCAGCCGGUACGACCAGACGAGACAUGUUCUUCCUUGAGCGUGCGGUAGAGAUACGCGCUCCUGGCCGUUCUCUGGGAUAUUUCUACGUCGUACCCAACAUUCAUCAAGUCAGUAUCGCAACAUGGCGUCCCCGCGUUUACUGCGUCGAUCAAGAUGGGAAGCGAACAGUUUGGCGGCCUCCCAAUCCUCUCAAGCGGCAUAUUCUUCCCGGACGCCAUUCCCAUGAGUUCAAUGUGAGCACAGCUAUCGAAGCAAUGCGCAUCAAGAAGCGCGCGAAAAGAAAAGGCAAGCAGCCACACAUAUCUGCCACAGAGCACGAAGAGGCAUUACGAGAUGUAUAUGAGGAUAUCUAUCUGUACGCUUGA